AUGUCUUCGCCGCCACAAAAUACAGAUACACUGCCAAGUUCAGCUUUUGACGAUGGAUUACAUGAUUCGCUUGGGAAUAGAAUGAACAUCCCAUCGUCAGUACCGCCUGCACACCACUCUUCACCUCCUUUUUCGUCAAUGAGUGAGAAUUACGCCGGAGAACCAGGCUCAGGCCCUGCUGGAGCAACACCAGUGUUUCCUAGCUCAUCGAGGUCCAUGGGGGCUCCAAAUAGAUCAUCACAAAUGCAAAUGGAUAGUAGUGAGCAUUUCGAAAGGGAAAGAGGCGACGAAGCAGAGUUCGAAGAGAACAAUUUGCCUCUAGACGGUGUUAGAACACGAAAUCUGAAUACUAUCAAAAAGGUUGAUGACGUUACGGGUGAGAAAGUGCGCGAAGCGUUCGAGUUUUUCCUCGAAGAUUUCACGGUCGAGUCCGAUGAUGAUACGCAAGAACCACAUACAGUGAAAGCUUACCGCUCACAGAUACAAUUCAUGAAAAUCUAUGAUCUCAACACUAUUUACAUUGACUACCAGCACUUAUCUACACGGGAGAACGGGGCGUUGGCAAUGGCCAUUGCUGAGCAAUAUUACCGGUUUUUGCCCUUCUUGCAGAAAGGCUUGAAGAGAGUCAUUCGCAAGUACGCUCCUCAGUUACUGCUGACGUCGGAUUCGGUUAACUCUCAAACUACGGAAAAUCUCGAUACUCAAACCAACGUGGAUCCUGAUUCUUUAGCUCAGGAUAGCCAGAGUACUGGCGUAACAGGUGGGAGGGUUGGGAACUCAAGCUCUGGAUUUGCCACCGGCGCUUCGACAGUGCGGUCGCCUGAACAAACUGAGAGAGUAUUUCAGAUAAGUUUUUUCAAUAUGCCAACGGUACAGCGCAUUCGUGACGUAAGGGCAGAAAAGAUCGGCUCUUUAAUGACGAUAUCUGGAACUGUAACAAGAACCUCAGAAGUUCGUCCUGAACUUUACAAGGCAAGUUUUACCUGUGAGAUGUGCCGCGCUAUUGUUGACAACGUUGAACAAGUCUUUAAAUACACAGAACCAACUUUCUGUCCCAAUCCGUCUUGCGAAAAUCAAGCUUUCUGGACAUUGAGUGUUGGCAGAUCAAAAUUCUUGGAUUGGCAAAAAGCAAGGAUUCAAGAGAAUGCGAAUGAGAUUCCAACGGGAUCUAUGCCUAGAACCAUUGACGUGGUACUGAGAGGCGAUUGUGUUGAGAGAGCCAAACCUGGUGACAGAUGCAAGUUUACAGGAACAGAAAUAGUCGUGCCUGAUAUUACUCAACUGGGCUUACCUGGCGUAAAACCAAGUGGUUCAACGGAUAAUCGAGGAAUGGCUAGAAGUUCAGAUGGUUUGAAUAAUGGCAUAAGUGGUUUGAAAUCUCUAGGUGUAAGGGACCUCACAUACAAGAUUAGUUUCUUAGCAUGUCACGUCAUUCCCACUGGAAAGGACAACACUGACGUAUCAAACCCAGAAAAUGCCGAUUUGCUCAGCAUGCAAGUCAACAAUGCAAGCAACGACGGUGAGAGAGAUCAAGAAAUCUUUUUAAACAGUCUUAACUCUCAAGAGAUCAAUGAAUUAAAAGAAAUGGUAAAAGAUGAGCAAAUAUACGACAAGCUGGUAAGAUCCAUCGCGCCCGCAGUUUUUGGACACAUUACCGUUAAAAAAGGUGUUCUUUUACAGAUGCUCGGUGGUGUACAUAAGACAACUGUGGAGGGUAUUAAUUUGAGAGGUGACAUCAAUAUUUGUAUUGUUGGUGAUCCAUCGACUUCAAAAUCUCAAUUUCUCAAGUAUGUCUGUAGCUUUGCCCCUAGAGCUGUUUACACAUCUGGUAAAGCUUCCACUGCUGCCGGUUUGACGGCAGCAGUGGUCAAAGAUGAAGAAGCGGGUGAUUUCACCAUUGAAGCAGGUGCCCUUAUGUUGGCUGAUAACGGUAUCUGUUGUAUUGACGAAUUCGACAAAAUGGACAUUUCCGAUCAAGUGGCCAUUCAUGAGGCAAUGGAACAGCAGACUAUAUCCAUUGCUAAAGCCGGUAUCCAUGCUACUUUAAAUGCCAGAACUUCGAUUCUCGCUGCUGCAAACCCCGUGAGUGGUAGAUACAACAGGAAACUCACACUACGAGGUAACUUGAAUAUGACGGCACCUAUCAUGUCGAGGUUUGAUCUCUUCUUCGUGGUGUUGGACGAUUGUAAUGAGAAAAUUGACACCGAACUCGCCGCGCAUAUUGUUGACUUGCACAUGAAGAGAGACGAAGCGAUAGACCCACCAUUCAGUGCGGAGCAAUUGCGUCGUUACAUCAAGUAUGCUAGAACUUUUAAGCCAGUGCUGAACGAAGAAGCCAGAAACUACCUGGUGGACAGAUACAAAGAGUUGCGGAAAGAUGACGCCCAGGGCUUCAGUAAGUCGAGUUACAGAAUCACUGUGAGACAGUUGGAGAGUAUGAUUCGGCUGUCAGAGGCUAUUGCGAGGGCUAACUGCGUGGACGAGAUCACGCCGAAUUUCGUUGCCGAAGCUUACGAAUUGUUGCGGCAGAGCAUUAUUCGCGUCGACGUUGAGGACGUGGACGUGACUGCGGAAUCUGACGAUGAUGAAGGCGACGACAACGAACAUGCUACAGGUUCGCGCGGCGGUCGCGGUGGAGAUGGUGGAGAUGGCGGUAGCAACAACGAGGGUCCUGACAGAGGUACCGAUGGCCGUCACAGCGACGACGAUACCCGCAACACGCUCCCUGCUGCAGCGGCAGCACAGGAUGCUGCGCAGCAAGGGCCCAAACCCAAAGUGACCAUCUCCUACGACAAAUACGCUGCAAUGAUCAACCUGAUCGUGCAAAAAGUGGCCCAGGAAGACCGCGACGGUGGUGCCGAGCUUACUGCUGCCGACAUCGCCGACUGGUAUCUGUUACAGAAGGAAAGCGAACUGAACAGUGAGGCUGAGUACUGGCAGGAGCGCAAGCUAGCGUUCAAGGUCGUCAAGAGGCUCGUCAAGGACAAGAUUUUGAUGCAAGUGCACGGAAACAUGCAGGCUCUGGCAGAGCACGAGUCUGCCCACCCGACCUCUGAGAGAAUCGUCUACGUGAUCCACCCCAACUGUGCGGUGCUGGACAACAUCGUGGGUUCCUCCAGACAGGAGUAG